UGUAGUUAGCCUUGGAUGUCCUAGAUGUCAGUCUGUAAUCGUCCUCAACGAAUUCUCCAUUAGAGACAGGCUGGCCAUCACCAUGAGUCAGCGGACAGAGCGGCGCGGAAUCCAUGUGGACCAGUCAGAGCUGUUGUGCAAAAAGGGAUGCGGUUACUAUGGCAACGCUGCAUGGCAGGGCCUGUGCUCCAAGUGCUGGAGGGAAGAGUACCAGAGAGCCCGUCAGAAACAGAUCCAAGAGGACUGGGCCUUGGCUGAGAAGUUGCAGCGUGAGGAGGAGGCUGCUUAUGCCAGUAGCCAGGGAACCCAGUCCCAAACCACACCGUCCCAAGCCCAACCAAACCCAGCCUCUCUAGGUCCCUUUUCCAAAUUUGAGGAGAAGAAGACCAAUGAGAAGACACGCAAGGUGACCACUGUUAAAAAGUUCUUCAGCCCCUCGUCACGUACGGCCCCCAAGAAAGAAACCCAAGAGGGCAAGACACCUAGUCCAUCCAUUAGUCGCCAGUCGAGCAUGGAGACAGAUCGUGUCUCCAAGGACUUUGUUGACUUCUUGAAAAACUUACAGAAGCCCGGCCGGGAGAUCCAUAAGCAGUGCCGGGCGUUCAUUGAGAGCAUAUCCAAUAAGAAGGACUUGAGUGCUGAAGAGCUGUCAGAGUGUGUUCAAGAUUUCUACCAGAACAUGUCUGAACGUCUAAUGAGCCACUUUAAAGGCUCCUCAGAGAGUGUGGAACGAGUGAUGGACCAGGUGGAGAAAUACAUCAUGACUCGUCUUUAUAAGAGUGUGUUUUGCCCAGAGACCACUGAUGAUGAGAAUAAAGACCUUGCCACACAGAACAGGAUAAGGGCCUUACAUUGGGUGACAAUCCAGAUGUUGUGUGUGUCAAUGGAUGAGGAGAUUCCUGAAGUCUCCGACAACGUAGUCAAAGCAAUAACAGAUGUUAUUGAGAUGGACUCCAAGAGGGUGCCGCGAGACAAGCUGGCAUGCAUCACACGUUGCAGCAAACACAUUUUCAGUGCAAUUAAGAUAACAAAGAAUGAGCCGGCCUCAGCUGAUGACUUCCUCCCUGCACUCAUAUAUAUUGUGCUGAAGGCCAAUCCACCACGUUUGCAGUCCAACAUCCAAUAUAUUACCCGCUUCUGUAACCCCAGCAGACUGAUGACUGGAGAGGAUGGGUACUAUUUUACCAACCUGUGCUGCGCUGUGGCCUUCAUUGAGAAGCUAGAUGCCCAGUCUCUCAACCUGUCCCCAGAGGAAUUUGAGCGCUACAUGUCGGGUCAGGCCUCCCCCCGACAUCCCAGUUGUGAUGGUAGCUGGCCCAAGACCAGUCCAGAACAUGGCUCCACCACUACCAAUCCUGUUUUGGCCCAGCUCCAUCAGAACCUGGAGCUGCUGUCGAGCCUGAGCAGCCGGCAGGAGAAACUGAUGGAAUGUGCUCAGAGCCUUCAGAGUGACCUUCUCUCCUGGCAGGACAGCGUGCAGCAGGAGGUGCAGGACAUCCUGGAGAAGUAUCCCCUGGAGAUCCGACCCCCUAUAGCCUCUGCUAUUGAUGCUGAUAAUGUGGAGAAUAAUCGACUGCCACCGCCCCUCACACCCCAAGUGUUUUCUGGGUAGCAUAGUCCCAAAAGGGAAGUGGGUGAACAUCCGUCUAAAGACUUGUAUGCUUUUAAAUAGGGAAACUAUUGGGUCUGUUUUGAUCAUGUGAGCAUCUAUGGAUUUCUAAAUCUUCGCCCUCCAUGUUAAACACAGUUAAUGAGGUCAGUUUCCAUUUCUAAUCAUUGUCACAUUUUAUAUUUUGUCAUGAGAUCCUCAUCUUCGUUUCGGUGGUUAUCUGUUAAAGCUAAUAUCAGGCCAGAGUGGCUAACUUUAGCAACCUUAGGUAUUUGCUUUCUUUUAGCCAGUUUCUCAGAUUUAGACCUAAAAUGCUUUCCAACUGUCCAAUUGGUAGCUAAAAGAGAUGCCAAGUAUCCCUAAAAAUUAAUAUCAAAAAGGUAGUUACAGGUCAGAGUAUGUCUUAGUUGGUCAGUACAAGGCUGUAUCAAUGCACCUGAAUGACCUAUGAGAUUAUAUCAACCAAGCGAGGGAUGUUUGCUCAUGGAGGGGUUUCCAGAUGCUGUGCAGUUCUGUGUUGGCGCUCCACAACAAAUACUAAAUAUUCAGAAGUUUGAAAAUAGAGACUUCCUCCAAUUCAGUAAGAAAGCCUAAGUGGACAUGGGAUUUUUUUUGUCUUGUUUUAGAGAUAUCUAUUUAAAAGAUUUUUCUUGAUUGACAUUAAGAAAUAGAUAAUCGGGACUUUUGGGGACUAGCUAGCCAGAUAAGCUCAAAGUCCCACAAACUUACGACAAGUCACCUGGCUUAGGAGACUAGCUCUCAACGGCUCUAUCAUAUCACACAUUAUACACUCCAUUGCAAUUGCAAAUGUGUGCAAAAAGAACAGAUUUUCAGUCUAGAUUAUUUUAGAAAUAUCAGCAUGUCUACAUUUUCAGGAGUAUGUCAAGAAUUUUAAGUUUUUUGCAGUUAAUCCUUCAGCUAAGAAGAUGAAUUUAAUAACAAAAGUGGUAUUAUUCAUUUGAUUAAUUAGAUUGAAGCUGCUACAAGGAGUUUUUCCACUGAUUAUCAUUGUUAAUUUAAAUUUGAUGCCUCUAUAUGACAGACAAAACAUAAAACCAUCUGUAAGAGAUCUAAGAUUUUGCUACAUAAUGAUUUUACAUGCUCUUCUCUGGGACUGAUGCCCCACAAAAUCUGAUUUACAGUACACAGAUGGGAUACAUAGCCACAGUUACAUUACCUCAUCUCUAUAUAUCUUGCAAACACCUCUUUUUCCGAAAACACCACAACAUCUCUCACUCUGCUGCGUCAGAAGGCAAUGCUCAUGAAGCACUAAUCACUUUUGUCCACUGGGGUGUGCAAACUCAACAGAAAUCCCAAACUCCUCUCAACAGCUUGGCUGUUACAAACUGAUGAAUAUAUACAUUGGUUGAUUAUUUGUGGACAUCCCUAAUUUGUUUGAUUGACUGAGUGUUCAGCAGACAACUAGCUAAUACAGAUUUUGGCAAAUCUCCAUUUGUAAAUUAAGUACCAGCCUGCUUGUUAGACAGGUAUGAAGGCAACUGUGGCACAGCAAUAUAGGAGAAUUUUGAAAGAAAAAAUUCAGAAAAGCACUGUUCGUGGAUGACUAGCCUGCCUUUCCCUGUAGACAAAAACUCUUAAGGAUUUGUCUAAGCUUGUCUGCAUUUGGUUCAAGCGGUACACUCGUAACAGUUUUAUGUUGCAGUGUUUUAUGCGUGGUACUUAGUUAGCUGCUGUACAAAGUAUUUUUCUAUUUUGAACUUUACCAUAUUUUAUUGUUUAACAGCCCUGGAUCACAGUGAACUCAAGUUUUGGUUGUUUUUUUGCCGUUGAUCAUCUCUCUCUCUCUCUCUCUCUCUCUCUCUCUCUCUCUCUCUCUCUCU